AUUCUUACUGCCAGGUGGCCAGUAUUCUAGAGUUUCGUUAUCUUCUAGAUGGCUCUGCGGAGAUAAAAAGUGCCUUAGAUAGACUGUCACUCGCUUGCAACGACCAUAUCAACCAGAGCACAUCUGGUCACAGAGCUAGAGCUCGAUAGAUGCCAAGCGUUGCAUUAAAGCGCCUCUCGAGGUAAACUCAUAGAUCAUGGCUUUCAGAAGCCGUCAACGAACAUAUGGCUCCCUAAAGUCGCUCACAUCCUCUCCCGUCCUCUCCUUCUUAAUCGUUCCUUUCCUGCUGCUCUUUUUGAGCUUCCCGGCUCCCGCUGCUGCAGCGGGAUCCGCCGUUCUCGGUCUUGAUGUCGGCACAGAAUAUUUCAAAGCCGCCCUGGUCAAACCAGGAAUUCCUCUAGAGAUUGUUCUCACCAAGGAUUCGAAGCGCAAGGAAUCAGCCGCCGUUGCGUUCAAACCUACCCGUGAAAGCGAUGCCCUGUUUCCUGAGAGAUUCUACGGCGGCGAUGCCCUGGCGCUAGCCGCCCGGUACCCGGACGAUGUAUACGCCAACCUGAAGACCCUGCUCGGACUCCCCUUCGAUAUCGAUGACGAAACGAUCAAGACAUAUCACAACCGGUACCCUGCGUUGCGACUUGAAAAGGCCCCCGGCGAUCGUGACACUGUUGGACUUCGGAGCAACCGACUUGGCGAGGCAGAGAAGAAGGACGCCUUUCUCGUUGAGGAGGUUCUUGCCAUGCAGUUGAAGCAGAUUAAGGCCAAUGCCGAUACCCUGGCUGGAAAGGGAUCCAACAUCCAGGAUGCGGUGAUCACCUACCCCUCAUUCUAUACCGCGGCGGAGAAGAGAAGUCUCCGCCUGGCGGCAGAGUUGGCAGGGUUGAAUGUCGAAGCGUUCAUUAGUGAUGGUCUUGCUGUCGCUUUGAACUACGCCACCAGCCGCACUUUCCCCAGCGUGUCGGACGGAGAGAAGCCCGAGUAUCACAUUGUGUAUGACAUGGGCGCUGGCUCUACCACGGCCAGUGUCGUUCGCUUCCAGAGCCGCGCGGUCAAGGACAUCGGCCGUUUCAACAAGACCGUCCAGGAAGUUCACGUCCUGGGUACCAGCUGGGACAAGACACUUGGCGGAGACUCUCUCAACGACCUGAUUGUCGAGGAUAUGAUCGCAAAUCUGGUUGAGGAGAAGAAGCUGACAGGCCGCGUCACCCCGGCUGAUAUCAAGGCUCACGGCAAGACCAUGGCAAGACUCUGGAAGGAUGCCGAGAAGGUUCGUCAGGUUCUCAGCGCCAACACUGAGACUGGGGCUUCGUUCGAGAGCCUGUACGAGGAAGAGGUCAACUUCAAGUAUCGCCUUACCCGCUCUAAAUUUGAGGAGCUUGCCGCGCAUCACAUUGCCCGCGUUGGAAAGCCUCUCGAGCAGGCUCUGGAGCUUGCUGGUUUGCAGAUGAACGACAUCGACUCUGUCAUUCUUCACGGCGGUUCAAUUCGCACGCCAUUUGUGCAGAAGGAGCUUGAGAGUGUCUGUGGAUCAGCUAGCAAGAUUCGUACCAGCGUCAAUGCUGAUGAAGCCGCCGUGUUCGGAGCUGCAUUCAAGGGGGCAGCUCUCAGUCCAAGCUUCCGUGUCAAGGAUAUCCGUGCCAAUGAUGCGUCGGCCUACAGUGUUGUUUUGAAGUGGACCUCGGAAUCCAAGGAGAGACAGCAGAAGCUUUUCACACCCACCUCUCAGGUUGGACCCGAGAAGCAGGUCACGGUGAAGAACCUGGAUGAUUUUGAUUUCAGCUUUUACCAGCAAGUUCCCCUCGCCGACAGCGUUGCUGAGACUCCUGUUCUGGGUGUGAAGACGCAGAACCUCACUGCUUCUGUUUCCAAGCUGAAGGAAGACUUUGGCUGCUCGGCUGCCAACAUUACCACCAAGCUCACUAUCCGCCUCAGUCCUGUUGAUGGGCUUCCCGAAGUUGUAGGUGGAUCCGUCAGCUGCGAAGUUGAAGGAGCCAAGAAGGGAAGUGUCGUUGAGGACGUCAAGGGAUUUUUUGGUCUGGGCAAGAAGGAUGAACAGGCUCCUCUGGGUGAAGAGGGUGAAGCCAGCGAAUCCAUUACACUAGAACCAGAGGAACAAGCUUCGACCACCUCUUCGGACGCAUCCACUUCUACCACGACUGCCAAGGAAUCGAAGAAGAGCUCUCCUCAGACCAAGCUCGAGAUCAUCCCUGUCAGCUUCACUACCACCCCUCUGGGGCUUCCUGCACCGUCUACGGCUGAGCUUGCUCGCAUCAAGGCCCGUUUGGCCGCAUUCGACGCUUCGGACCGCGAGCGCUUCCUCCGUGAAGAGGCCUUGAAUGAGCUGGAGUCCUUCAUUUACCGCAGCCGUGAUCUCGUGGAGGAUGAGGAAUUCGUCAAGAUGUUGACUCCUGAGCAACUGAUUACCUUGAAAGAGAAGGCCGCUGCCGCCAGCGACUGGCUGGACGGCGAGGGCGCCGACGCCAAAACUUCACAUCUCAAGGAGAGUCUCAAGUCCCUGAAAGACAUCGUCAACCCUGCUCUCAAGCGCAAGAAGGAGAGCGCCGACCGUCCAGCCCGGGUUGAGCUUCUCCAGGAUGUCCUGAAGAACGCCAAGACCGUGAUGGACCUAAUGGAGAAGCAGAUUCAACAAGAUGAGGACCUUCACUCGUCGAGCGUCGUCGCUAGUGAAUCCACCGAAUCGAGCUCGUCGCCAUCGGCAAGCGAGACUCCCGCCCAGCCUGUGGAUCUCGAUGAGGACCCCUACGAUACCUCCUCCAGCAGCAGCACCUCUUCCGCUCCCACCACCACCGCAAAGCCCAGUGGACCGAAGUACUCUAUCUUCCAGCCCUACGAUCUCGCCAGCUUGUCCAAGACCUAUGAGUCUACGAACACUUGGUUCGAGACUCAAAAGACCAUCCAGGAGAAGCUUACUGCCACGGAUGAUCCGGCCUUCACCGUUGCUGAGCUUGAUACCCGCCUUCGUGAAUUGGAGCGCGUCAUGAACCGCAUCUACGAGAAGAUGGGUGCGGCAGCAGCCAAGUCGGGCAAGAGUGAGCAGACCAAGAAGAGCAGCAACGGCAAGAAGGGCAAGAGCAGUACCAAGAAGGAGCAAGAGUCGUCGUCGACGACGACGACAUCUGCCGAGGCCAAGAAGAGCAACUUCAAGGACGAGUUGUAAGCCUCUGGCCGGUAUGGUGCUGCUACAUUGUUCGAGAAGUAUGGAUGGAGAAAAUGGUGGGGAGUUAAGGUUGAGCGUUGACAUUUUGUAACAUUUUUUUUUUCCCUAGAUCUUUCCAGCUUCAAAACCCUGUAUCAUGCUAUGCUGGAUAAUUGCAUGCUUGAGUCAUGUAUUGUACUUUCAUAGUGGCUCCAGAAGAGGCUUAUCAUACUCUACGAAGGCUAACUUAUU